GCGAGGAAGACAGAUGGAUAGCAACAAGAUGAGAGGCUAAUAAACUGUCCAGAAUAACUUAACAGCUGGAUACUUAAUUGAGAUAAUUACUUUCCCCUUUCAGCAGAAACAACUUUGGGUUCGUUAAUUGGAAACAUUUAAGAUUUUUUAAAACCCAGACUUUAAAAAAAUCCUUUUGGACAUUCUUAUUCAUUUCUCAUUCAGACAGAACAGAAGUAACAAGGGUACAUGCUGACAGAGUGAUGGUUGUUCAUUUUCAGCUCUGGAGCUAUGAUCUCUGAGGCUGACAGACAGGGAGCAGUCAGACCCAAGAGGUCACCAUCAGACAGACACAGGGAUAGGGACAGGGAUAGGGACUUCAGCCCCAGACGGAGAUCAGAAGCUGACCAACACUAUUUACAGGAGAGACAUCAAGAGGGCAUCAACGACCUCCCUGCAGGGAAGAGACAAAUGAUGGAGAAGUUUUUCACUCCUGUUCAUAGUCCUCCUCCAGGUGGGAUCACAUCACAGAAGCACCGCCAUCACCGGGAUCAAGAAAGGGAGAUACACAGCUACAGGAGGUCACGGGACAAUGAUAGACGCAGCAGCGAACGCCACGUUCACCACCAUCACCGUGGUAACCAUUUCCAAGAUGACCAGGAGCAAUCCCAUAGACGUCACCAUCAUCAUCCUCAGCACCUUCAUCACGACGACGAGAUGUCGGACCACCACACCACAGUCACCCUCUCCAGAGCAUCUUCCUCCUCCCUCUCAUCUUCCGACUCUUCCUCCUCCGACUCUUCCAUCGAAUGGUCCGGCAUUGACGACAAGUUCUCCCUGAAGCACGCCAGCCGGCCGCAGCAUACCAUGUCCUGCUCCAACAUUGCAGGAGGACGACAGUUCCGGGAGGAUGACAGUGAGCUGCAGGUGUAUGCCACGGUCAAACAGGGGCAACUGCACGGAGGAGGAAGCCCUGGGACCAACCAUCGGGCCCAGGGGAGGGGAGGACAAGAGCCCAGCUACUCCGAGCUCAACCGGGGUCACAGCCGCAGUGAAGAGGGGUUGCUGCAGAAUACAGGCACUGACAGAGGGAAAGCACGGACACCCCCACACCUGAAGCACGGACCCCUCUACAAGACAGCCAGCCUGGGCCGUAGCCUGGCCUUCAGUGAAGAGGUCCUGGCUGGGCCAAAGAGGGCAGUGUCCUCGAUCCAGCUCCCCAGUAAAGGCAUCCUGAAAAACAAGGAGGCGCCGCCGGACAUCCGCAAGGCCAAAUCCAUGGAGGUGCUGUCCCCCCGUGUGGCAGGCAAGACAGCAGGGCCCAAGGGGAAGCAGGAUGUGGAGGCUCUGAAGGAUGCAGCCAGGCAGAGCAUGGUGAAGGGGAAGAUACAGUUCUCUGCCUUCCUGGAUGAGAUCACUAAACAGGUCAUCAGCCCCGCCCGUCUCAAUACUCUGGGGGUCCCUGUCGAGACUGUAGGACCGGGUCCAGCCAAAACCCCAGCAUCCCCCAAAUCUCAACUGAAAAGUCAGCCCCAGCUUCCCUUGAAAAAGCAGGGAGAUGGGCAGGGGGAGGAGAGGGAGACGGUUACUAAACCUAGGAAACUGAGGAAUGACUCUGACACACGAUCACGGAAAAUAUCUCUCCCUACAAAGUUUGGGUAUGAAAGCAAGAACCACACUCCUCGUCUAGGCAGCCCCCCAACCCGCCACUCCAGCCAACCCUACCCGCCCCACCCACCGGCUGGCUAUGAAGACCAACCGGCCUCCCUGCCUGACUUCCAGGGUCCUGUCGGUAAUAGGCAUGGGCGGUAUGGCUCCCUUCUUACAGACGGCACUGUCAGCUCCAGCCCUGAGCCCAGCCAUCACAAACACCGGAGCUACAAACACCUUGACCAGAGCCACAGGUCCACCCAUAGCCCACCUUCAUCUCCACACACCCAGCAACCCCAGCUACCCCACCGCACCCCAAUCCGCACACACUCCCCUCCUCCAGUGCCAGGGCCCGAGUCAGAGUCUCCCUCCAGCAAGUCUGACUCAUCCCGGAACAGAGACCGAGACACGGCCAGCCCCAGCUCCGAGCAGAGCGACCGCCACAACUGGUCAACCUACCGCUGGCGUCCAAAGCCACACAGGGCCUUGACAGGUGACAAAGGCGAACUCCAGGCACUGCAGGAGGAGAAUGCUGAGCUGCACCAGAACCUGAUGCAAACAGUGGUCUGCAUUGAGAGUCUGGAGGCGGAGCUAGCCAGGGCCAGGGAGGAGCUUAGCCACAUGAAGGAGAAGUUCAAGAGGCUCCAGGACACACACACAGGUACCCAGCACACCAACAGCCUUCUGGGGGAGAAACUGCACUCAGCGACUGAGAGCCUUAGCUCUGAGAGGAAGUAUAUGGUGCAGCGUAUCGCCCAUCUCAGCACAGAGCUGGAGCAGGCCAACGCCACCAUCACCUCUCUGGAGAACAUCAAUGUUCCCUGUCUGAUCAAGGAGCUCAUAGAGAAGCACUUUGACUCUGGAGACACUGUCAAGCAGUUCCUGAAGAACGCCUUGAAAACCGGCCAAUCCACAAGCGACAUCCAAUCACCCGCUACAAAACUGGAGCAGAAGCCGUCUGAUUGGUCAGGUGCAGGACUCAGGGAGUUUGAGGCGGGUCCACAAAAGGUCACUGCUUUUAUGCCCUGGAAGCAGGAGGAGGGGUUUGGGGUGAUAGGUCAGACAGGAAAUGAGGAUUCUCGCCCGAUGAGUCCCCCUUUCUCCGUCGCUGACAUCAGUAUGGCUAUCUAUAAGAAACUAGCUGCCAGCCAAGCAGCAAGACAGCCCCGGCCUUCCAACUACCAACCUCACACUGACACCCCUCCCAACCCCUACCCUCUGGUGGAGUUGGGAACAGGGGGUGCAGAAGGUGCAUGGGAGGAGGGUUACCUUGUGCCUGCUGUCAAGGGGGGCGUGGCAGUUGCAGGGAGAGCAGCUGAGAGUAAGCAGGGUGCUGUUGUUGAUGUGUCCUAUCUGACGGCCCAGAGGGUUCUGGAUGACUUCAUGCACCAGCUGACACACCCAGAGGAUGGGGGUGGAGGUGGGGAGAGGGGGCACAAGGCCAACGGGGGAGGGGGAACAGCUGAAGAGAGGGGGGCAGAGUGAAAGGAACCUAUGAAUUGCUGUAAUUAUAACCUUAUAUUACAUAGGCUAGGAUUGUUCAAGAUGUGAUGGUUUGGGGCCUGUAGAUCUGCAUUUAUUUAACAUUUUAAUGUCACUAUACAUUUGAGUGAUGGCAUUGUAAAUAUUACAUUCUGUUUCUUUCCCAAAGGUAUUGUGGUGCAGUGGUAAAGAAAGUAUUAGACUUCAACAAUUCAUUGACAUAUAUACAGAAUAUAAUUAUUAAUCCAAAUUUGCAAUGUGGUACAGUCCCUCCUUUUCCUUAUGAAGUGAUGCAGAAUUUAAAGUUUUUUUUGUUAAUGUCUAGACAGUGAGUAGAAUUUUCUAUUUUAUAACAAUGACCGCUAUUUUGUAAGCUCCAGUAAGCCAAUGAAGUAACCUUCAUAUCUGAAUAACAUCGCUCCAGCUGCUACCCACUGUGUUUUGGGCUAUCAUGUCACAUGACCCAGAGUUUAACCUUCAUUUGAAGCCUUUUCCAGAAAUGAGAAUUACACCAACUAUGAAAGCAAUUGUCUGAGGAUGGUGUUGGACAAUGAUGCUGGACCAUCUGACCCAAAAAGGAAAAGGGGACCGUUAGAUGAAAAAGCUUUAAAGAAAGGUUCAAAUCCAGAACUUGUGACAUGAUUGUCCAAAACACAGGGCUCUACAUUAAUGCUAUGCUGUCCAUCCUAAUGAACUAUCUUAGCUAAAAGUGUAUAAAGCUGCUGCCCCCCCCCCCAAGGCUUUUGAUGUUGUAGAUCAAUAAAAUGACUAAUUCUAAGAUG